UCUCUCAUUCCCCUUCCCCUCUCCCUUCCCACCAAAGAUCUUUGUUUCCCACUGUUCCCUUCCUCCUGACCCGCCCCGGAGCCGCAGCGUUUUCCGGCAGAGGCCGCCCUCCUCCCCAAAGAUCUUAUAGCAGAGAUCUUUGCUCCUCCCUAUUCACACAGAGAUUGGGAACAAAGAUCUUUGAUUGGGAAUGCGAUUCCCUUGCUUGCUUGGUCCGGAGUCGCCCAGCGAGCUCUCCCCCAGCUUCUCCCUGCGACUGUAACACGGCGCCGGCAUGCCCGCCCUCCCUUUGCUCUGCGCCUGCCUGUUGCUGGCCUCGGCGCACUCCGCCAAAAUCCUCACCAUCGUCAUGAUCGGGGGAAGCCACUACCUGCUGUUCGAUGAGAUUUCUCACGUGCUUUAUGAGAGUGGGCACGAGGUCAAUAUGCUGCUGCUACUCGGCAUCCCACAGAUUCCAGGCUUGAGCUAUGCUGCGAGAAAGGACAGCUACCGAUUGACCACGUGGUCUGCAAGUGAUCAAUAUGUGUCCAGAUUCAAUCAGUGGUUCCUGGAGCAGCAGAGAGAGUUUUUCCUGGGCAGAGAAACGUUCGACAUGUUCCUGGAUCUAAUGGGUCACUUUGCACAGCAGUGCGAGUGGAUGAUGAAUGACGUUGAGCUCAUGGACACUUUGAGGGGCGAGGGCUAUGACAUUGCGAUGAUCGACACCUUCAACCCUUGCUCCUACCUGGUGGCGGAGAAGCUGGGGCUCCAGGUGGUGACCGUCCAUGGGGGCAACUUCUGGAACGUGCACCAGGGAGAGAUGAGGAUCCCGCUCUCCUAUGUCCCCGUCCACCGCUCGCAGCUCUCCGACCGCAUGGGCUUCUGGGGACGGAUGAAAAACGUCCUCAUGUUCCUGGGCUCUUUUGAGGCGGAGAGGAGGAUCCAAGCCCGGUUUGAGAAAGCCAUCCUGACCCACUUCCCUGCCGCCAACGUCAGUCUCCCCCAACUCUACCGGAAGGCCCAGCUGGCUAUCUACAACACUGAUUUCACCUUGGAAUUCCCCAGGCCACUGCCCCCCAACGUGGUUUGUAUUGGAGGAUUGCUUGCAAAGCCAGCAAAAGCACUCCCACAGGAGCUGGAGGACCUCGUGCAGGCCGCCGGGGAAGAUGGUUUUGUGGUGGUGAGCUUCGGUUCUAUGCUCUCCUCCGUCAAUCUGCCGGGGCUGCUGAGGGAGAUGAACGCUGCCUUUAGCCGCCUCCCUCAGCUGGUUAUCUGGAGACACCUUCACAGUCACUGGCCAAGUGACCUCCACCCGGCCCCCAACGUCAGGCUGUUUGACUGGCUGCCCCAGAACGAUCUGCUCGGUCACCCGAAGGCUCGUCUCCUGGUGACACACGGAGGCUUCAACAGCCUGAUGCAGGCCGUCUAUCACGGGGUGCCUGUGGUCGGGGUCCCACUGUUCGGAGAUCAGUUCGAUAACAUGGUGAGGGUGGAGGCCAAGGGACUUGGGCUGACUGUGGACGUCACCCAGAUACAGGAACUGCACCUCAGCCACAGUAUGGACACCGUCAUCAGGAACACGAGGUACAAAGCCUCUGCGCUGACCCUGAGCCGCAUGCACCGCUCCUUCCCUUUCCCCCCGCGCCAGCGGCUGGUGCAGUGGAUGGAGCAUCUGUUGCAGCUCGGGGGAGGGGAGCACCUGAGGCCCUUCGGCACGCAGCUGCCCUGGUAUCAGUACUACCUGCUGGAUGUCAUCCUCGCCCUACUGCUCGCGGCGUCCGUGCUGACCUACCUCCUGAUCAGCAUUCUGAGGGCUUGUGUGGGCAGCCUGUGUCGGGCAAGGAAAGUGAAAGCGGAGUGAAGAGACUGUGCUGCUCACGUUUCAAGGACUUGCCCAAUUUGCCAGAGCAUCGUGAUUUAGUUAAAGCCACGUGAGUGGGUUGAAUGAUUACACUGGAUCGGAUUAUAUUGUGGUCCGACCAGUAACAUGUAGGAGGGAACUGCAGAUGCUGGUUUACACUGAAGAUAGACACAAAAAUGCUGGAGUGACUCACCAGGACAGGCAGCAUCUCCGGAGAGAAGGAAUUGGUGACAUCUCGGGUCGAGACACAUCUUUAGACGGGCCCUCAGUCUGUGGAAGGGUCCUGACCUGAAAUGUGAGCGGUCUCUUCUCUCCAGAGAUGCUGCCUGUCCCGUUGAGUUACUCCACCUUUUUGCAUCUCCUACCAGUAACAUGGAUUUAGUUCAUUCCAGCUGCAUAUUGCAUUUAAAUCAUGGAAUAUAUACACAUAGAUUUUCUGGUUACUGUCUGACUUGAUUGAAUUCCGUUAAAAUAUUCUUUUGGACAGCUCCUUGGAGCAGGUUCUUGUUUUCUCUGGAGUGUCGCAGGUGGAAGGGAGACGUGAUGGAAGUUUACAAAAUUAUAAGAGGCGUGGACAUGGUAGACAGUCAGGACCAUUUUCCCGGGUGGAAAUGUCAAAGUCUAGAAGGAAUAGCAUUAAGGUGAGAGGAAGAAAGUUUAAAGGAGAUGUGCUGGGCAUUUUGUUUGGCCUGAUACUACCAAGGGUGGUGGUGGAGGCAGAUCCUACCUACACUGGUGUUGUAGAGGCUUUUAUAUGUGCAGGCAAUAUGCAAGGACCUUCGGCACUUCCUCAAAAAACCCAAUCAAGUUAGUAAGCCAAGACCUGUUGUGUACAAAGCCAUGCUGACUGUCCCUAAAUAAUCCAUUCUCUAUCAAAUGGAAGCAAAUCCUAUCCCUUAGAAUCUUCUUCCACAGUUUCCCUCCCACUAAUGUGAAGCUCUCCGGCCUUUAAUUCCCUGGAUUCUCCACACUGAUCUCAUUGUUCUUCAGUCUGAAGAAUGGUCUCAACCCGAAAAACGUCACCCGUUCCUUCUCUCCACAGUUGCUGCCUGACCCGCUGAGUUACUCCAGCAUUUUGCGUCCACCAUGUCCUUCUCCUUGGUGAAAACAGAUGGAGAGUACUUGUUCAGUACCUUGCCUACAUCCCCAGACUCCAAGCAUAAGUUCCCUCCUUUAUAUUUUGAGCAGCCCUAACACCCCCAUGGAUUACCUCUCUUGUUUUUAACGCACGUUUAAAAAGCUUGGGGGAUUUUCUUUAACCUGACUCGCCAAAGUAAUUUUUGUUUCAUUAUGUUCUGUCUCUAUCUGGACGAUACAUAAUGGACGAUUAAAGCAGUCUUGCUUACUUGAACUUUAUUGUCUUUGUGCAGUUGUCAUCUCUCUGCCUUAGUAACGUUAUCUGAAAACUGGGCCGUGAGCGCGGUGUCACCUCUAAAACAGUCCCCCGUACAACAGUACUUAAAUAAACAAUCCUAUUGUUACAAUUUUGUAGCCACUUUUGUCCCUUCUGACCGCUCACUUGAGUUCUUUCCUCCUUUAACCUGUCCCCCGGUCCGAGUUCAUUCCAAAACCUCUCCCGAGUUUGCCCUGAUUCGAACUCGGAGGUUUACCAUAAUGGCCACUCGUCGGUACUCGGGGCUCUUGUUGAACGUUGAAAAAUCUUCACGAGUCUUCCCGUGCUUACCUGCCAUUAGCGAGUCUUCCUGAGUACCUGCCGUUAGCUUUAUGAGCCGUUAAGAGACGUCCCCGAGCUCCAACGUACCCGUUAUGUUCAUUCUCCGUGCUUACCACGAGUUUGUUUUUUUUAAACUCGAGAGAGCUCUUAGAAUGGGACAGGGCUUUUUCGCUGUUAUCCUUGAAGGCCCUAUCUGGUUCCAUCCUCGUAAACCUAUUGUAUUAUUUUUCUUUUUGACCAAAUGUACAACCUCUUUGCAAUUGUUUCUAUUGAGCCAAAUUACAAUGCAAUGUAAUUAAACAAUGUAACAUGCAACCUAUAGCUUUUGUAUCGUGCAAAAACAAAAAUAAAAUUAUUAAAGUGACCUUUUUUUUUUAAA